UAUAUUCUCUAACCAAUACCAACAAUAAAAUUAACAUUAUUUUAUAUCCAAUAUAAGCUCCUAUCCUUCUUCCUCUCCAUCCUUUUCCAUCUACCUUUGAAUCUUUUCAUACGUGUAUAUAAAGCUUUACUUCCUCCUCUGCUACUCCUUUUCUAUCAAUCACCAAAACAAAUUCAUUGGCUUAAACCCUAAACCCCAAGCACCUGGGCUACCACAAACCAAAAAUGAGACCCUUUGGCUUGGUCUUUACGGUCAUGUUCUUGGUCUCAGCCUUUUCAGAAUCAAGAACCGCGGACUGUAGAGUUCUCCUUGGUGGCUCAUCAGAGGAAAUUAGUCAAUCUAAGAAUCAUGGUGUCGAUUUUCGAAGUAAAGAGUUGUUAGGGGUCGUGAUACGUGGUUAUAAAAGGUUACGAUCGCUCUCUUCAGCUGGAGAGAGGAUGCACACAAUGGCUUCAGGACCGAGCAGGAGAGGUGCUGGUCACUAAAAGACUAUUUACUCACUUACAUUAUUUUCUUAUACAUCAAAAUGUUUUUUUAGCUCAGGUUAUAGUAAAGGAUUUUCCAUUUGUUAUAGAUCAUUAUAUUUAUUCAGUCACCAAUGUAUAGUUUAUAAGGGAGAAAUUCAUUUGAGCAUA